UCUUUAUAACCAGAACUUCAUUAAAAAAUAAUAAUAAUUUAAGAACGUACAAAAAAAUGUCAGUUGUGAGUUUUUUUGGUUUUCCAGGAAGCAUUAAGGUAUGCUAGCUGCCAUGAGAAGACAAAGAGAAGGGAUAUAUAAUCGCACGUGCAGUUAGGCUGUGUUUAACUGUAACUCCGCGCGCUGCAGGUCAGACAUCAAUGAGCCGAGCGCGCGCGCGCUGACGACUGAAUUUACCACACUCCCGAAGGAAGCUGUAAAAAGAGAGAGAGAGAGAGAGACGCGGCGUUUUCCGGAAGUUUACCAACACCUGCGACGACGCUUGUCGAAACAUGGAAGCAGCAGCAGCAGGGUUUUCGCAGGGGAUGUCGAGACAACGCAAAGCAGAGUGAGGAAAGCAGGACUUCGGACGCAGGUGUAUUUUGUGUGUAGAAGAUGACUUCCCCAUGGUGUACACUUGGAAACAAAAUCACCUCUCUGGGUCUGGUUGACCUCUCCAAGCGCGCACACAUGUCAAACUCUGGCAUAUCUUGCAUUGUGCUACUUCCUGACAGCACAACACAUACUUUUACCGUCAGUAAACAUGAUGCUGGACAUUUGUUAUUUGACCUUGUUUUUGAACACCUGGGCAUAAUGGAGAAGCAGUACUUUGGUCUCCAGAUCACAGAAGACGUCUCUAGUUCACCUAGAUGGCUGGACCCCAGCAAACCUUUCAAAAAGCAGUUUAAAGGUUCUGCCCCAUUCCAUUUAAUAUUCCGAGUGCGUUUCUUCAUCUCUGACCCUAACUCUCUUCAGCAUGAACAGACCAGGCAUUUUUAUUUUUUGCAAAUUAAGAAAGACAUUCUGGAGGGGAGGUUAAAGUGUCCACUAAGCUCUGCUGUGGUGCUGGCAUCCUAUGCUGUUCAAUCUGAAUUUGGAGACUAUGUUCCUGAGACUCCUUCUGGAUAUCUUGACCAUAUCCAGUUUCUCCCUGAUCAGGGCAAGGACUUCCUUUUGAAAGUGGAAUCAUUGCAUCCUCAGCACAAAGGCCUGUCUCAGAGUGAGGCAGAGUUGUGUUAUCUGAACACAGCUAGAACUUUAGAUCUGUAUGGAGUAGAGCUUCAUAGUGCACGGGAUGUUAGCAAUCCUUCUCUUUGGGUUGGAAUUGCAUCAGGAGGCGUGGCUAUGUUUUGCAAUUUAGUUUGCUCCAAUUUCUUUCCCUGGAUCAACAUAAUUAAGAUUUCUUUUAAAAGAAAGCGAUUCUUCAUUCACCUUCGACGGAAACAUGGGGAGGUUGGACAACAAAUGGUGGCACUAUGCCUGCCCAGCUCUCGUUGCUGUAAAAACCUUUGGCGAUCCUGCGUUGACCAUCACGCGUUCUACAACAGAAAAAACUCGCUUGCCGUCUCCAAACCUAGGUCCUUCCCUCUGUAUCGGAAACUAGUAGGUGAGGUGACAUGGAGCCCUUUAAAAAAGUCUCUUUCCUCUGAACAUCUGGAAACUAAAAGUCUCCCCUCAAGAUCUCCACCUAGUACACCUAACUGGCGUAGCCCUCGGUUGCGCCAUGAUUUCCGAAAGCCUCGUCCAUCUUCUGUAGACAAUCUUACCAACGACAUGAGUUAUGUGACCGAGAGUGAGGACGUGUUCUAUACUUACAGGAAAGCUCAGGAGGAUGAGAAGCCCCGAGUCCAGUCCCAACCUGAUGAAAAUACUUUAGAUGAGGAAGACUGGCAGUGUCUCUGGGAAAAGGAUAUGGCAGCGGAUGGGGAGCUUCUGCUGAUUAGCAUCAGCCCUGACAAAGAUGGCAAGUUUGGGUUCAAUGUCAAAGGAGGUGUGGAUCAGAAGAUGCCUUUGGCAAUUUCUCAUGUAAACCCUAAUUCCCCAGCUGGGCGCUGUGUGCCUGCAUUGCUGGAGGGAGAUCAAGUGCUCUUGAUUAAUGGGCGUGACAUUUCAGAACACACACAUCAACAAGUGGUCAUGUUCAUCAAAGCUAGCAGAGAGUCCCACAGCAAGGAACUUGCCCUGCUUGUACGUCGAAAAGGUAUCUCUUUGCGAGCUGAAGCUUCACUACAAUUUCCUGGCAGUUUUAACCUUCAGGAUGAAAUUCCUCCAUCUCCUGGUCACCCAUCUGGAGAAUCACUAGAAGACUCCAUGACUCGCCUGGAGAGAGGCCUGACUUCUGGAACUUUGCUCAUGCAAUUUGAGAAGUUACACAGGAAGAAAGCUGGACUGUUAAUGUCUUGUGCAAAGCAGUCUGAGAACAUGGAAAAGAAUCGGUACAAAGAUGUGUUACCAUAUGACAUCACCAGGGUGGCGUUACAAACGGAGGAGGAUAAUUACAUCAAUGCGAGUCAUGUGAAGACCGAGCCAGCAAGUACAACGUUGCAGUAUAUAGCAGCACAGGGGCCAUUGCCGCACACAUGUACACACUUCUGGAGGAGUGUAUGGGAGCAGGGAGUCAGUGUGAUCAUCAUGCUGACCACACUGACCGAGAGAGGACGGACCAAAUGCCACCAAUACUGGCCUCAUCCUCCUGAAGUGAAGGACUAUGACUACCUUCAAGUGUGCUGUCAUUCCGAAGAGUGUAACCUGGCCUACGUCACCAGAAAGCUAACACUCACACACACUCAGCUGGGUGAACAGCGCUCCAUCACACACCUACAGUAUGUGGCCUGGCCAGAUCAUGGGGUCCCGGAAGAAUCUUCAGACUUCUUGGACUUUGUUCAGGCAAUGAGAAGCAAGCGAAGAGAUACUGAACCACUUAUGGUCCACUGCAGUGCUGGGAUUGGACGGACAGGUGUGCUCAUCACCAUGGAGACAGCCCUGAUCCUGAUGGAGAGGGCACAACCAGUGUAUCCUCUUGAGAUUGUUGCUUCACUGAGGGAGCAAAGAGCCAUGAUGGUCCAAACCUCGUGCCAAUUCAGCUUUGUAUGUCAGGCCAUCCUGCAUGUGUACCGAGAGAGAUUCAAACACAGCCAAACGGUUAGCAGCUGACAAGAAGAGAACAGGAGAAAUGGAUACACAUACAGAUAUUAUAAAGCGAAUAAAAGCCAGUGGGUUGUAAGACAUGAUGGAUGAUGGAUUAUAAGAGGGAGUUUUAACCUGGUUUCCACAGCUUCUGCUUCUAUGGGGCAGGGAUAAAGACUGAUGCAAAAGAAAAGCAGUAAAGGGUAAAGAAAAACGAUUCAUAGAAAAAUAGGAUAGUAUAGUAAAAAAGUAUAGUAAAGAAAAAAUGGGAUCAGCACAAUAUACACUAACUGUAGUGCUGCAGCUUUGAUUUGCAGAUCAUAGUCCUGCCUGAAGCUGCACUCAUUCCAAAAAUGAGAGAAAUGUUUAAAAUUGUUGUCAUAGGAUUUAUAGAAUGUAAACUGAUAUGCAGUAGAAACGUUACUAACAUUUAUCAUUAUUCAGAGUAGAUAAAUAUACAAUAGUACUGCAUGGGUAUCAUCCCUAGCACUUACUGACACUGAUGCACUGCCAUGCUGAUAAAGAGCAAACUUUCCAAAACAUUUUACAAUCAAGAGACAAAAAAAAAACACACCAGUGGUGCCCUCAGAAUCGGGUGUAUCUUAAUUCACUCAUUCAUUCAAUUAAUCUUGGUCAGUGCUGGGGUAGAUCUGGAACCUGUUGAAGACUGCACACAUUUCAUCUCUAUACACAUGCAUUCACACUUAAGGCAAUUUCGCUUAAUUAACCUCCACCUAGUGACAUUUUUUGGAGGUGAGAAGAAACAACCUGGAGGAAGCCACAAGGGACAGCUGCAUCCAAACUCAUGUGGAUCUUAAGAAGACAAAAAGCACUUUGCCACUUUUAGAUCUGUAUAAUUCUCUAGGAUACAAACAAAUACUGUCUAAAUAUAAAUACUACAACAAUCAAUCAUCACUGUAUUAAUAAUGAAAUAAAUACAUUUUGAUUUAUGGCCUUC